CAUAUUUGGCCCCUGUCCUGACCAUCAUGUAUGCGGCGUUCAACUACCUCCUCUUCUCAUUCCUCUUCCUCCUCUCCGCUCUUGCUCUCCCGCAACCCCAGAUCGACACCAACCCCACAACUCCAUCAACUGAGGAUGGGUCAAAAGCGCUUACAUGCGCUUUUUCUUGCCCACUGCAGGACAAUGAAGGACACGGUCUAAUUUUGAAGAUGGAUGGCGUGGGGUACAAUGGGGUAUAUUCGGUAUUUGAAUGCAUAUACGCGGCACCAAAUGCAUUUGAUGAGUCAAAAACUUGUUGGUACUAUAAGACAACGGGAGAACCGGCGCUACCCUCCAGAGCCAUUCCGUGUCCCGCUCAUGCUACCCCUUGUUCAUCAUCAAGCCCAACCCCUGACGAUGCCAAAACAACAUUGUCUCAUUCAACUGAGCCGUUAUUCUCAAAACCAAAUGAUGGGAAACCCCAGACGCCUUCGUGGGUUGAAGGGGGCCGGUAUAUGUUGUAUGUCAAAGAAAAUGGACCCAUCAUGUCAUAAUAGUCAUGCUGUGCACUGUACAUUGGCUUCCGCUGAUCUCCAGCCUCCUGUCCUCCAGCUGAGCCUGCAUCCAUCAUUUCAAAGUUAUUUCUGAAAAAGAUAUCGAUGUAUGUGCAUAACAUUUUCUAAAGUAUGGCCCUACCGCCUUG